GCCGACUGUCUCGGUCGUGGGCCCCUCCUCGGAUGCCUCCUCCUCUCCCACCACCCGCACCACCCAUCUCUCUCUCAUCCCGCGUCUCGACGGACCAAACGCAGCCGCCGCCGCUGCAUCAUCAUCAUCACCAGCAGCAUCAGCAGCAUCAUCAUCAGCAGCAGCAUCAGCAUCAGCAUCAUCACCAUCACCAACGACAACCGGCAGCCUCCGGUCCAAACUGCGUUUUCUUUGGAUGGAUCCACCGGUGAGCCGGUGAGCUGCCGCCGGAGGACGCGCAAAAGACGAGCGCGGCCACGUUGCGCCAUAAAGGAUAAAAAAAAACAACAACAAAAAAAAAACAAGGGCAAUUUAUUUUUAAUUUUUUCUGGCAAUGUGAGAGGAUCGUCGGCCACAGUGAUAUUGCCCCGCCGACGACAUGUAAGAAGCUGGAUAACUAUUCCCCGUGUGAGCGACACCUCCCGUCCGCAGCUGCUCAGCAUUACGCGAGGGGACAAGGACGAUGAUCAGCCCUCCAGGUCUGUAGACGGCGUCUUGACCGGACGACAUGUUCUAAGGGGCGACCACCUCAGCCACCAUGAAAGGGUUAGGAGCCAACCGCAGUCGCCACCUGUCGGACUCGUGUGAGCCGGCGGGAUGCCACCAGAAGCCUCUGUGUCCCAUGAGCUCGGACCCUCACGGCGCCUUCAUGUUGAGCCCCGUCAUGAACCACUACGGCACCCUGGACCCGCAUCUCCACCAGUGCUCCCCCACCAGCCCCACCGGCCUGCCCCCCGACUGCCUGCUGCCCUUCAGCCAGAUGUCCAACAGCAGCACCUUCCCUCGUCUGCACUUCACCGCCCAGGCCGACCAGGUCGACUGCCCCCAGGGCUGUUUGGCCGGCGGUGGAGUCGGGCAAGGCGGCAGGGCGGGGACGCUGUCCACCUCCUUGUCCAUGGGUAUGGGCUUAGGCCUGGGCCUCACCGGCGCUCCCAUGAUCACCAGCGGCUCGGCCACCAUAUCGUCGGCGGCAGCGGCCAAGAUGAACCGGUUGCCCUCCAACCUUCUGGACCAGCUGGAGAGGCACCUGCCCCUGCAGCGGGACGGCUUCAGCACUCUGCAGUUUCACAGGGGACGCAUGUCGAAGCAGCGCAGCGAGAGUCCGGGACGCAUCCGUCACCUGAUGCACUCUGUGCAGAAGCUGUUCGCCAAGUCCCAGUCCCUGGAAAGCUCCGGGAUCAAGGGCAACGUAAACGGCCGCUCCGCCGGUGGAAUGGCCGGCACCACAGGGACUUGCGAGGACGGUGGCAGAGCGAGCCGCAGGAGCAAGAGCAAAGACAGGGCUAAAACUGAGGGGCCGAAGCCGAGACCCAGGCCCAAUGCACUAGGCCUCUGGAGCUCAGACGACGCCCUGGACACUGACACUACCAAAGCUGGCACUAUUGCCGUGGGCUACCGCAACCCGCUGACCAUGAUGACCCUCGGCAGGGCGGUGUCGGACAGCCAGGCUCCUCCCAGACACAUCCCACAGGGCUACCACACCAUCUCCGCACACACGCUCAAGACCUCGAAAAGCAGCGGCGACCUCAAGUUCCUGGCCUGCCAGGCGACACAGGUGGGAUCCAGGGACGCGGAGGGAAGAGGCAGGGCGAGCAAGGACGACACGCUGGUGAAGAGGGGCACCUGGUCCACCCUCACCCUCAGCCAGGCCAGGCAGGUUCUGCAGAAGGGCUCGGCCACGGUCAACAGGACCCUGCUCAAGUCAAAGUCGUGUCACCAGGACCUGACGCAGCAGUUCCUUCAGGUCCCACUGGGCGACUGGGCGGGAACUUUGGGCCGCGGCCGGGGGAGGGGGACCGAGAUCCCCUGUCGACGGAUGCGCAGCGGCAGCUACGUGAAAGCGAUGGGAGACGUGGAGGACAGCGAGGACUCGGAGGGAAGCCCCAAACCUUCCCCCAAGUCGGCGGCUCGCCGCCAGAGCUACCUGAAGGCCACGCAGCGCUCGCUGAGCGAGCAACAGCCCCCGCCGCCUCCACGCAACUCGCUGCCGUCGCUGAAAGAGCUGUCGACCAAUCGGAGCCUGGAUAACCUCGACUGCCUGGUGGGCCCGCUGGACGCCCCGCCGCGCCAGCGGAACAGCGAUUUCCCCCAGUGCUCCGGCACGCUGGGCCGAGGCCCGGCCACUCAGGUAUGCGGGCAGGGCUGCGGCCACGCGGUGCCCUACUACGACGGGGAAUCGCAGGCGGUGGAGGCCCUGGAUCUGCCCGCGCCCACGUGCUUCCGGUCACGCAGCCACAGCUACCUGCGGGCCAUCCAGGCGGGCUGCUCCCAGGACGAAGACGAGGACUCGGACUCCUCGCCGCCGCCCACCGCCGCCACCGCAGGCUACGGCUACAGCUCCGACACCCUCGGCAGUAGGAAGGCCCCUCCUCCGGUGCCACCCCGCACAACCUCCAAGCCCCUCAUCUCCGUGACGCUGCAGAGCAGCACCGAGUCGGCCCAGGACACGUACCUCGACCAGCAGGAUCGCGGCAGCGAGGCCAACAGCCAGUCGGGGCGUAGCAACUCCUCCGACAGUCUCUGUAGCAUCCGCACGGGAAGUCUGGCUAAGGCGACCCGGCCUCCACCAGCUGCCGCCGCUCCUGCGCCCGCCCCUGCGCCCGCCACGGGCUCUGCCACGCCUCCUGUUCCUGCCCCUCGCGAACUCCCUCCCACCAUCACCGUCACCACCGCCACUUCCACGUCCACCCAACCCCAAAAUGACACCCUGAGCGCUGUCGUCACCCUCGAGCAGCCGCCGACUGCAUCCAAGAGGAAACUGUCCUCAAUAGGAAUUCAGGUGGAUUGCAUUCUUCCAACUUCCAGAGAGGAACCACUGUCCCUGGCCACGCCCCUAAAGUUUCAGUCAAUAGGAGUUCAAGUGGAGAACGGCAGGCCUCUCAGCCGCGACAGCAGCAUAGCCUCCAGACAAGACACGGAGACCGAGCCUCAGGAGCCCCAGGACGCCGCGCCCACAGAAAACAACAUGGAAGCCAACUGCACCAACAGUCAGACGGUGAAUAACAGCGCCGCUGCCAACUGCCCGGACAAAGCCAUGGACCAGCAGCCCCUCAAACACACCUCGGCCCCGCCGCCCAGGAUAACCACCUCGCCCCCCGAGACCCUGGACCCGGCUUUAGACCCGUCCUUGUUGCCGCCGCCGGACCCCAGCUUGGAGACGGGAAACUGCAGCGCGCACGGAGACUGCGUUCAAACCGGUGCGCCGGCCUGCCUCCGGGACGGCAACUGGUUCCUGAAGCUGCUGCAGGCGGAGACGGGCCGCAUGGAGGGCUGGUGUCGGCAGAUGGAGCAGGAGACCAAAGACAACAAGAUCUCAGAGGAGGUGUUGGGGACGAUCCGCAGCGCCGUGGGCAGCGCUCAGCUGCUCAUCACCAAGAAGUUCGAGCAGUUCCGAGGCCUCUGCAACGAGAACCUGAACAUGAGCGCCAACCCGCGGCCGACGGCUCAGGACCUCGCUGGCUUCUGGGAUCUGCUGCAGCUCUCGAUAGGAGACAUCAGCAUGAAGUUUGACGAGCUCUACCAGCUGAAGGCCAACAACUGGCAGCUUCCUGAGAAACCAGAGAAGAAGGAUGAAAAAAACAAGCAGCUUCCAUCGUCUGUGCCAAAGAAGCAGUCGAGGCCCCGGCUGUCGGCGGCGAAGGAGCGCGGCAGCGUGGACUCAGCCGUGGACAAGCAGCGGCAGGAAGCCAGGAAGCGGCUGAUGGCGGCGAAGCGCGCGGCGUCGGUGCGACAGAACUCCGCCACGGAGAGCGCCGACAGCAUCGAGAUCUACGUCCCCGAGGCCCAGACCCGCCUCUGAGAGCGGGGGAAACCCGGCGCCGAUGACGCCAGACUCUCACUUCAGAACAUUCACUGACACAUGAACACACACGAACGGAUCUGAGGACAAAAAACACGCGGACGCACAGAGAAUCCGUCAAAGAAGGAAAAACGUGGCGACGAUCCGCCCUGCCGCCAUGGGGACACAAGACAAAACAUGACAGACGUUUAAUACUAUUGUUAUUAUUGUUAUUAUGAUAAUUAUUAUCUCCUAAAAAAGUAUAUCAAGACUGUCUUAAAAUGUGCAAAAGUAUCUCGGAUCAGGACGUCCUGACGAGGAAGAAGAAUCCCAGAAGUUUACUCUCUUUAAACAAACCUCCCUCCACUCGCUGAGUCUCCCACGGCAACAUUGUGGCUGCCUGUACAUCCACACACACACGCACACACACUCAGGACACACACACACACACACACACACAUGCAGGUGCACUCACCGUCCACCGAGUCUUCCUGUUCUGCGUUUGUUUGUAUCAGCCCCCCCCCUUCCAAUUCCAAGAUGGCGUUUUAAAAUGCUGAAAACCAGAGGACGGCAGUAGCAUAUAUAUAUAUAGAUAUAUAUAGAUAUAUAUAGAUAUAUGCAUAUACAUAUAUAUGCAUAUAUAUAUAUAUAUGCAUAUAUAUAUAUAUAUAUAUGCAUAUAUAUAUAUAUAUAUAUGCAUAUAUAUAUAUGCAUCACACUAUUACAAUGUUGAUUUUGUAAAUGUUGUAUACCAGAUUAUUUGUUAGAAAGAGGUCGGUGUUCAGUACCAAGGUAGUUUUUUAUAGAUCCAGUACAUCGAGUACUGUCAUGAUAUAUAUUACGCACUCGAUGCAAUCGUUCACUCCACCUCUUUCUCUCUCUCUCUCUCCCUCCCCUUCACACACACACACACACACACACACUUCUUUGUUUGUGUGUGUGUGUGUGUGUUAGAACACAUUGUCAAAGUCUUACCUGUGUGUGGCCUGCGAGCUCCAGACGAAUGUAUGAAUCGUGUUCAUUUACAGCUCCUGUCGACUUGAUCACUGCACUUUUUCCAUUCACCUCAGAUCAUGUUCGCUCCACAGUCUUCUCCUCCUCCUUCUCCUUUUUCUUCUACUUGGUUUCCCGGAUCAUCCCGACAUUCUCUGCUGAUGCAGGGGAGCAAAAACACUCACCACUCUCUAUGUGGCAUAUUUUCCCAUUCCACCAGACUGCGUGUGACGAUGACAAUGACGGGGUGGGAGUUUUUAACUUUGCUACUGGAAAGGAAACGGAAUAAUAACAAUAAGCAAUAAUCAUGUAAGAAGGAGCAGCAGGUACCAAGUCUUAAAUUAUUCCAUUCAGCCAUCUCCACACGGAGGAUGAAUGUUUUAUUUCUUUUCUGACUCCUUGGAAGAAGAAAAAAAGAAUCUCAGGUCGAACUCAUCAGUAAAAACAAAAACCACUAAGGAUGAUUAUUUAUUCUAUUCCCUCAAACGGCCUCGAGCUCAGAGACCUCGUCAGU